AUUCAGGUUUUGCACACAGUUGGGGAGCAUUUUGUUGGCAAUACCUUGCAUCCUCUCUCACUGGAAACUGGGCAAAACACAGGGACUAUGUCAGUGAAAAGUUGGAUAUUUCAUGGACAUUUGCUCUAGGAUAUACUGUGAAGUCAACUGUAAGAAGGAAAGGCAUGAGCAGCACCAAACGGGGGUUCUCCCCAACUGUCCCGGCGGGCAUGGAGAGUAAGAAACCUCCUCCCCCUCACACAAAUAAUGGGAGUGGUCCACCACCCCUCAAAUACAGCUCCGAACCAGUUGAUGAUGUCAAUAUGAAUGAAGUUAUUGACGGAAAAAUAGAAUUGGAGGUGAUUUUACCUGGUGGAAAGACAACACAACUAACAGUAGACUCAAACGUUCCAAUGCAGGACCUUAGAGUUCUUCUGGCAGCCAAAAGCAAAGUUUCUCCCACUGGGUAUAUACUGAGUGUAUUUUCGGAUGAGACAGGCAAACCUUUGGAUUAUAAAGCCAAUCAAACUAUUGGUUCAUUGGAAGGACGGACUGUUCAACUCCAGUCCAAAAGUAAGGAAAAAGAGGUUGAAAAACGAAUGAUGAAGAAAGACUCAUCAAAGAAUUUACAGCCAUUUGAGACCACCCAUCGGUUCACUGUCAACCUGCCUCACAACCAGAAGAUGGUGACUCGGAUCAGCCCUGAAACAAACUUGGGACAGCUGUAUGCUCAUGUAUGCAAAGAGAAACAUCUUGACCCCAAACGUUUCACUUUCCAACACCCCACCAACCAUCAUGUCAACCUUGACCUAAGGAUCAUAACUGUGGGUGACCUCAAGAGCAAUGAAAUAAAUCUCAUCCCUUUGGGUUUAGUUGCUGACUCAGCACGAUCGAUGCCAGACCUCUCUCGUAGUGAGUCCCUAACUCUGCCUAAAGAAUCCUUCCCUUCCUACAUGCCAGGGGCAUCAGAACCGAAGAAGAAAAGAGGUUUCCUUUCAUUCCUCAAAAGGAAGGAUAACAAAUUUAAAUUGCAUGAGACACGAUAUCAGGACAUGGAAACUAGCUCGACAACAAGUAAUCAAAUGUCAGUGGCCAGAGCGCGACAGAACACGACCCCUCCCCCAGAACGUCGAGAAUCAGAUGCGGCCAACUUGCAGGUGCGACCUAAAUCUAUGUUUGUCACUGCUAAGGAGUUGAAAGUUCAUGAUGGAGCAUCAUAUUCACAGGGCAAAGAAAACACCCUACCACAAAAAGCAGCCACAAAAAAGAAACGGCCAGCACCUCCACCACCCCAGCAACAGAAACAUGCAGCACCAGAAACAGUUGAAAUUUCUGUGAAGGACAAAACAUCAGUUGUGAUGCAUGAGAAGAGAGAAGGUGUUUCCAAGGUUACACCUGACCAUGUGACUCAGAGACUUCAUUCCCGCAACAGCUCUGAUUCAAGCGGAUAUCAUGAACUGACCCUAAGUGGAGCAGAGUCACCUGAGGCAAAUCGUGUUUCAACAAAUUUCAAAACAAGCAUAGACACUACAUCCAUUGAAAGUGCUGAUAACACUAAUGGUGACAGUGGUAUAAAUGAACACUCCCCUGUUCAUAGCUCCCCCAAAUACACUGAAAGGGCUGCUGGAGAUAGCCAAACAUUGCCGCAUAACAGGUUGGUUAAAAAGCAAGUUCAGCGAUCACAUUCUCUAGAGAGAAAGGAGAUGUCCAACAAAGCACCCCCACCCUCCACGAAGAAGAAGAGAGCCCCUGCGCCACCCCCAGUUGCUGAACCCCCUCCCCCCUCCCCAUCUACCCCUCCUAGUCACACACCCGAAGCUUCUCAGGACCACACCCUAAGUACCUCACCCCCAGAAGCUAAACAGACGACAAAGGAAACAUCAUCUGGUAAUGAUGACGAAACUGAUGGAAAAAUGGAUACUGACGAUGAUGACAGCGAAGAUAUUAAUGAGACAUUGGAUGGUUUGUUGAUGAUGGUGGAGGAUGACUCUAUAUGCAGUGAGGAUAUUGAAAAUAUCGAGCAGCCAAAAGUGCCACGCCCUUGCUCCUUUGUAGCCCCUCCCCCACCUAGCGAACCCCCACCCCCCACAACUGGGCCGACUGAGACAGUGGAUGUUGGUGUAGAGGUUCAUGAUAAUGCCUCUCUCGGCCCAUCCAGUGCCAAGAGUUCUCCAGUUGCCGUCCACACCCAUUCCCGGACAGACAGUCUCAGCAGUAUAAGUUCCAUUAAUACUAUCGAGGAUGUUAACUUGGCGUUUGAACAAACAAUCGCCUUGGCAGAGGAAGUUCUCGAGGCAGAGGCCCCAGCAGAGUCAGGCUACAAGUCAGAGAUGGCAAUUUUCGUGGAGCGUAUGAGUAAGCUUACAGAGAAGGCAGACUCAGAGAGCAAUAUGUCCGACACGACUAGCAUCUCACUCCCGGAUACAGAGAGUAACUCUGAGACAGGGUCUGUGAUUCGACACGACCAGGAUGGGAGGCCAUUCCAUGCCAAGAUGGAUUCCUAUUCCUCAGACUCUGGUUCAGUGCAGAAAUAUGACAGUGAAGACCGAUCCCAUGGAGGGUCAGCUACAGAUGCCAGUAGCUAUGAUGAUGUUCCAGUAACAAAUGCACAGCAAUCACGUUCUAGGCGGGAUUCUCUUGAAAUUCACCGUGAAAACAUUGUUGCAGAUAAUGAAGUAUCGGAAAUUGAUGUUCCCAUGGAAAUGGUUCCUCCACCAAUUGAGUUCAGAAAUGAUCCUCAGGAGGAAGGAGCAAGGGAAGAAGAAAUGCAAGAGGAAGAGGAAGAAGAAGAAGAAGAAUAUAGAGAAUCAACAGAAGAAAUAAUUAUAACAAUAGCACCUUCAAGUGGUUUUACUUUUGCCGGUGCUAACAAAAUCCCUGACUUGGAAACACCAAAAGAACAUUCAAGUUUACCAGACUCUCCUCGAUUUUGUGUUGCCGAACCUUCAUUAUCUUACAGUAGAAUGGAAACAGAUCCGAAUUCUACAAAUUUCUCUGAACCUAAGCCUCAGACGGAUGUGAAACCUCCAAGAGUGAAAGAAGAAUUUGUACUGACACGUGAAGAUUUGUCUAAGAUAAAAUAUGUUGAAGAAAGCAAAUGGAGAUCAGAGCCAUAUGUUCAGCCAGCAAGAAGGCCAACAUCACUGAGUAGUUUGACUCAGGUGUAUCGGGAUGAGCAAGAACCUGCAGUGUCCUAUGCAUCAUUUCAACCAAGUUAUUCUAAACCUGAAAGUAUUCAAGGAUCCAGGUCUGAAGAGGACAAUGUUAAAACAAGAUGUUCUGAACUGAGCUUCAGACCUGAUUCUGAGGGGGAGAUUGAUAAUGUCCUUGAAGAGAAAUCAAUUUCUAUGAUUGCAUUGCCAGCCAUGAGAACAAGUGUCCUAAAGAAGUCUGAUGAGGAAUAUUUGACCACUUUAAAGCAGGAAUCCUACCAAUCAUUAGUUCAGGACACAAUGUCAUCAGGUGAUCGUGAAAUGAGAAGCAAGUUCUUUGAUGAUGAUGAGGAGGAUGCAGAGACUGAGAUUUUAGAGCAGUUAGGGAAGGUGUACAUUUCAGAGAGAAGUGAAGAUAAAGGAACUGUAGAGGAAGAAAAUAAAGAGAUAACAAAGCAACAAGCUGCACUCCAGUCUCAGUAUGCAAUUCUACAGCAACAGUUUUCUAUGUGGCAACAACAAUUGAAACAGAACCAGGACCUCCUAGCCAAUCAACACAUUGACCCAGAAGUCCAGAGCAUGCAGGAGAUUCAGAUCCAACAAAUGCAGCAACAGAUGCAGAUACAGCAGCAGAUGAUGUCACAGCUGGAGAAGAGCAUGGAAGUACUGGCUCUGCAGAAGAAGCCCAAGUCAGAGCAGCCCUCAGCUGUUGCUUCAGAGUCAGCAUCGGUUGUAGUGGCAUCAUCCGAACGUUCAGGACAAGGUGCAGGUAGGUCCUCAGUACCCACACCCCCUCCACCACCUCCAGUGACAGUUGUGAAGAAGACUGCUAACUCUGGGAGAGUUAACAAGAAGGAUGACCCCAGGUUUCAGAGGAAGUUAGACCCUCGUGAGGAGCUCAUGAUAGCUAUAAGAAGCUUUGGAGGAAGAGGUAAACUCUCGACUGUACCAAUCCAAAACACACACUGGCAAGGAGGGUCUUCAUGAGUGGGUACUCUGGCAGAGAAUCAAAUGCCAACCAGUGCUAUGAUCAAAAGGUCAAGGUCACACAAUGCCAGAAUAUUUUACAUUAAUUGUAUAUUUCAUUCUGUUCUGACAAAGCCAAAUUUAUACAUACACUUUGUCAAAUUACUUGAAAAGAGUGAGGGCAAGUUGCAAGGUACAAAACAUGGUAACAUGUUCUUGUGUAGACUCAUUCAGAUGAGAUGAGUGGUUGAGGUAAUUCUCUGUUAUUACCAAAUAAGGUGAUUGCUUGAGUAUUGUAUUAAUUAUAUAUGAAACAGAUUGCUGUUUAUCAUUAUACCAUCUUAGACAGUACUAACUAAACAGAAAAUGUGCUACCAAACUGCUGGCAGGAGAUACACCAACAGAGGUGAGCCUGUCCUGUGGGCACACUGCGCUGUGAGGAGACAAUGUAGAGGACAUACAGGGGGGUGCAGGACCUCUGUUCUGAAGCCACCUUGUCUGUUGUGUUGCAUGUCCUAAUAAAAUGAUUUCAAGGGCAGGAUUUGGGAGACUUUCUACAUCUUCUGAACUGUAUACAUUCCAACAAAGAAUGGCUUGUGACCAGGGAUACUGGAUGAUGAAGCAUUGAGCACUAAAACUGCUCCAGCUAGUUUUUAUGGCUGUGCCAGAUGAUCUAAACUUUCAUAAAGCUUGGUGAUACAUCUGGGAGCAUGAGUGUUGAAUGUCCUUAUCAGCUUGUGUAUUAUAUAAGCUGGUCAAUGAUGGAGUGUUGAGUGAAAGAGGCUUGUACUACAGGUAGCAGUAUCCGGCAGAUCUGUUACUUGCAGUGAGCAUGUCCAUCAGUGACAAAGCAAUGUCUGAAAAUAAGAAAACAAGACACAAUAUGUGUAAACCAGGUUCAAGGUACUCUACCACCAAGUCGUCGCAGAGUGUGCUUGAUCUGGUGAAUAAUGCUUUUGAUGAACUCAUCUUUUAAUAAAUAUGUUUUCAUGGUUGCUUAAUGUUUGGUGCAAACAAGCUAAAGUUUGUUUGUGGUUAUAUAUAUACAAAUACAACAGUUAUUGUGGAACGCACAAGGCAGGGUUGUGUGAACAAAGGGAGGUAUACUAGGUAUCCAGUUUACUGUUUAUGCAGCCGCAUCCAGAUAAUGCAGCUAAUGGGCUAAGAGGCCAUGUUUACAGUGUAAAUACAGUUGAAACCGUGAAGUGUUACAACCUCUGAGCUAUGGAAAAAUUAUAUUUGAAUAAAGGACAGCAUUAUUUCUGUAUCACCGAUAUAUACUCUGUUCCUGUUGUAACUUCAUAUAGGGCAUAUAUAUUUCAGUGUAGACUUUAGAGGAUUAUCUACAAGAACAUUAAGCAUUAAACCAUUGUUUGGGUAUGAACUAUGAGAUUUAAACAAUUUGUAGAAUGUAAUUUGUUACUUAUAGCAAUAGAGACAACUGCCUAAAUUUUUUACUCUUUUUAAAACUGGUAGAUAUUAUGUAUGAUAGAAGCGGCAGUUCUCAUGGGUACAAAAUGUAUAGGUGAAGUAGGUAUUCUAGGGUCCAUGUUCCAGUUGUUACUCUUUACAUUUACAUGACUACAGCAAUAUAUGUCUUUACACCUGUGUGUGUCAUUUAGCAGAACUGUUUCAAAUCAUAAAUGGUGCUUAACACACACACACAUCAUUUCUGCACUAUCCCCAGUUUAUCAUUUUUUAUUUGACAACUAGAUUUGCCAUCCAUGUUGACAAAAGCCCUCCAAUGGUGAGACAAUAGUUACAUUCAGCUUGGACAGAGGGGACUGUAGAAAUGACAGCCUUUGUUUUCUACUUGGAUCAUGGCAACUACCUGCUCUAAUCUUUUAAAUGAAAAUAUUUUGCUUUUUUCUCCCAACUUAAUAAACUGUUCUUUUCAAUCUUGGGCUUAGCCUUAAAAAUGUAAGAGUUUGGACGAAUAGAAACUGAGAAGUAGAAUGAGAACCUGUUUGAAUUGUUGUUGACUGCAUUAUCCAGUUCAGCCAAUCUCGAGGGGUAUGUGGUGUGAUGUGCCCUGUGUGUUAGCCAAUGUACCCUGAUCUCCGAGGGAUUGACCACAAAUCUAUCUCACCAACAUUCAUCCAUACAGACCCAGAAUAUAGUUUCACGAAGUAAAUUGCUUUGAUUCAGCCAUUUUAACAGCUAGCAGACGACGCAAACAAACCUAGUUACUUCCCUUAACUCAAUGCAUUCGGAUAAACAUCACUACAUUUUCAUUUCAACGAUAGUCAUGCAGGAUAAGCAUGUUCCAAUUGAUUUCACAACAGGGUAUAUGAGCAGGCUACACGAGCUGGCUGCAUGGAUUAUAUUUGACCCUCCUUAACCAAUCAGAAGCUAGUAUUUUAAUGUAAGGUGAGACUUAACUCUUGUCCAGUGAAGAAGACAAGACAGUUCAUUUGUGCAAAUGCAUUUAUUUUUAUUCUUCUUCCCACUGGGUCCUAGCUGGAUGUGUCACUGAUCCAGGUACUAAACAGGGCUGUUGAAUAGCCUAAUGUGGUGUUCCCACAAACAACACGAUGUUUACACACUAAUGUUGGGAUGGCAUGUCUUCAUUUAACUGAUUGUUGCUUUAUCAGGUUUUCAUAUGUCCAAAGUUGAUUUUAUGAGUAAACUGAUUCUUUAGCUUAGAAUAUUUCAUGUUGACUGUCUAUUUAUUUUGUGCAAUUAUCCUAGAUGUGAUCCUUUGUGCCCCUGCUCAAUAUUUUUACCCCGGCAUCAAGCUUCUAAUGAGAUUGUCACACAAGAUCUUCAGGGUAGUAGACAAACAGGACAUUUCUACUUAUCUACAUUAUACUGUAAAAGUAAUUUGAUAUUUCAGUAUUCAAAAGAAUAUUAUUUGUCUUCAAUAAAUUCCAUUUCUCCCCCAAAGUACACACUGUUUGAUGAUGUUAUGCUUUGACCAGUGUUACUUUGGUCCAUCAUUGAGUCUACCAAAUAGCUGUGAAAAUAGCUUUUGAACUUAUGUUGAACUUGCUUUAUGCUUGAAUGAUACUUCAGAAUAUGAAAAGGUUACCAAAAUUGUUGUUUCUACAUGGGGCUGAUAUGAAGGAACUCUACUUCAAGAUUGAAGUUCUCUUUUACCAACUAUUGUGAUUUAGACAUCUGCACAAAAUGGUUGUAUAAGGCAGUGUCCAAGACUUUCCUCAUGGUGACACUAGGAAGGCUGUAUGAAGCAGUGUCCAAGACUUUCCUCAUGGUGACACUAGGAAGGCUGUAUGAGGCAGGGUCCAAGACUUUCCUCAUGGUGACACUAGGAAGGCUGUAUGAGGCAGCGUCCAAGACUUUCCUCAUGGUGACACUAGGAAGGCUGUAUGAAGCAGUGUCCAAGACUUUCCUCAUGGUGACACUAGGAAGGCUGUAUGAGGCAGGGUCCAAGACUUUCCUCAUGGUGACACUAGGAAGGCUGUAUGAGGCAGCGUCCAAGACUUUCCUCAUGGUGACACUAGGAAGGCUGUAUGAGGCAGUGUCCAAGACUUUCCUCAUGGUGACACUAGGAAGGCUGUAUGAGGCAGUGUCCAAGACUUUCCUCAUGGUGACACUAGGAAGGCUGUAUGAGGCAGUGUCCAAGACUUUCCUCAUGGUGACACUAGGAAGGUGGUAUGAAGCAGUGUCCAAGACUUUCCUCAUGGUGACAUAAGGAAGGCUGUCUGAGGCAGUGUCCAAGACUUUUCUCAUGGUGACACUAGGAAGGCUGUAUGAGGCAGUGUCCAAGACUUUCUUAAUGGUGACACUAAGAAGGCUGUAUGAGGCAGCGUCCAAGACUUUCCUCAUGGUGACACUAGGAAGGCUGUAUGAGGCAGUGUCCAAGACUUUCCUCAUGGUGACACUAGGAAGGCUGUAUGAGGCAGUGUCUAAGACUUUCCUCUUGGUGACACUAGGAAGGUGGUAUGAGGCAGCGUCCCAGAAUUUCCUCAUGGUGACACUAGGAAGGCUGUAUGAAGCAGUGUCCAAGACUUUCCUCAUGGUGACACUAGGAAGGCUGUAUGAGGCAGCGUCCCAGAAUUUCCUCAUGGUGACACUAGGAAGGGUGUAUGAGGCAGUGUCCAAGACUUUCCUCAUGGUGACACUAGGAAGGCUGUAUGAAGCAGUGUCCAAGACUUUCCUCAUUGUGACACUAGGAAGGUUGUAUGAGGCAGUGUCCAAGACUUUCCUCAUUGUAACACUAGGAAGGCUGUAUGAGGCAGUGUCCAAGACUUUCCUCUUGGUGACACUAGGAAGGUGGUAUGAGGCAGUGUCUAAGACUUUCCUCUUGGUGACACUAGGAAGGUGGUAUGAGGCAGCGUCCCAGAAUUUCCUCAUGGUGACACUAGGAAGGCUGUAUGAAGCAGUGUCCAAGACUUUCCUCAUGGUGACACUAGGAAGGCUGUAUGAGGCAGCGUCCCAGAAUUUCCUCAUGGUGACACUAGGAAGGCUGUAUGAGGCAGAGUCCAAGACUUUCCUCAUGGUGACACUAGGAAGGCUGUAUGAGGCAGAGUCCAAGACUUUCCUCAUGGUGACGCUAGGAAGGCUGUAUGAGGCAGUGUCUAAGACUUUCCUCAUGGUGACACUAGGAAGGCUGUAUGAAGCAGUGUCCCAGACCUGGUUAGAACAUAUUACCUGAUGGCCCAACAUCAUAAUGUUAAUAAUUUCUUCACCAUCUUAGAAAUAUGAUAUUAUUUGUUUAUGUAGUGCAAUAGUACUGAAGAAAAUGUAUAUAUCAUUUUGAUACCUUUGAUUUUCUUAUUGGAAUCAGAUUUUCAAGGUUUUCCUAAAUUAUGAAACUACCUAUGAUUACUCAUAAUUAACAGAUGUUAAUGAAAAUAAGAUGUUUCUACUUCAGCAUUAAGGACUUAAUAAUUUGAUUUUGUGAUAUUAAAAUUAUCACAAAGUUUAUUUUAUUCAUUUAUAUUAUAUCUUUUAUAAUACCAGGAAUAUUGUUUGAAAAGGUCAGUGGUGUGUAUAAUCUAGAACUUUGAUAUUAGUUAUAUUUUAUCCUACCCCACUUUAAACUCUCAUCACAAUCGUUAUGCAUAACAAUUAUGAAAACAAAUAUAUUUAAUCACAAUUUAAUUAAUUAUGCCACAUUACAUAACUUAAUACUGAAUGUACGUGAUGAAAAUAUGUUCCCAUAACUCAAUAUGCCGUGAGACUUGGAAGUAAUAGAAUAGGCUGAACAGGUUUUACAGAUAUGCAUUGAAAUGCUCCAUUUAUCACUUACCAGAUCCUUAGUCAGCUAAUAUAUUAGAUAGACAGCUAUAGUCUUCCAGUUACUCUCCAGACAGAACCAAUAUGUAUAUAUAGGUAUUCAUAUAGAUGUAUGUACAAAAUAGCUUUAGAAGUCACCUCAUGAAAGAAUCAUGAAAAUAAAACAACAUUGUUGAACUGACACUGGUAUUGUGUUGAAAACUUGUAGUAUCAAGAUGGCUGCAAAGGCAUUAAUUUUGUUAUUUUUGGACUUGAAUGUAAAAUGAAAACCCAAACCUGCAAGUAGUAAUUGUUUGUUAUAUAAUAAUUCCACUUUUGACAGUAAUACUGAGACUAUUCCUACUGUUCCUGUGUACAAACACAAUAUGCUUAUCAAACAUUUAGCAGACUCUAAUUAUACAUGUUCCAGCAUGUACUGCAGAAUUAAAAAAUGUGAAAAAAUUGUGAAAUCAAAAUCAGAAAGAGUUUAUAUUGUUUUCUCUGCCAUUACAAUUAAUACAGUUGUUAGCUCGGAAAUAUCCCACAACACCAGUGUAUGAAGAAAUCAGUUCCAGUUUCAAGGCAGGGAUAUGGAGCUACUGUGCUUGCAUUGCUGUCGUUCAUGUCUUUCAUCUCCCUCAUUGCAUAAUGUCAAUGUUGAUAUCGGUGUCUCUCAUGGAGAUUUGUAGAUUCUGUGUAUAUUACUGUAUCUGUCCUGUCCAUGUGUUUUCUAUUGAAUAUACCAUGUAAUUAACAACAGUUGUAUGUAUGCGCAAAAUCUACAUAAAUAUAGGAAAUUGUA